AUGGAUUACCGGCAAAAAAGAAAACUGUCCUUUGUCACAAUUGGAUUAAUAUUUCUUUUGAGUGGUGUCGAAUAUGCUGUCAUACUACCCACUAUCUGGAGAUAUCUGCAGUUGUUAGAGGCACCACCUUAUUUUCUUGGCUUAGGUCUUUCUGCGUUCAGCUUCAGUGGUCUGGUGACAGGUCCAGUGUUUGGCCACUGGUCAGAUAGGACAAGAACUACAAAAAACAUCAUCCUCUUCUCCAAUGUGUUUGAAAUCGUUGGAAACGUCAUGUACUUUAUGGGAUAUUCAAAAUGGCUUCUGUUGUCCAGUCGUCUUGUUGCAGGUAUCGGAGCAGGAGCUGGUUCCUCCAUUUUUGGGUUCCUCACACGUACAACCCUCCCUGAUGAACGGGCUCAAGUCUUUGCUGCUGUCAUGGCGUGCCGUCAGGCUGGACUUUUGAUUGGACCCGCUUUUAAUAUUUUUUUGAGGUUGUGUGAUUUCAAACUGGGCCCGUUUGUUGUAAAUAAGUAUACCUCACCUGGGCUCUUCAUGUGUGGAAUGUGGCUGCUCAUGCAGUUUGCAGUGAUGGGGCUGUACUGGGACAUCCCACCGCUGGGCUCCGUCCCUGAGGAGCACACCCCUCUCACAGAGGUCAGAGAUGAGGACGAAGAACUCCUCAUGAGCCUUGAAGAUGAAAACGGGGCUGCAGAAAUAGACUUGUAUGGCUCAGUCAACCCAGAACAGACUGAGACUCAACUGUCAUCUGAAAGCCCAUCUCCUCCUCCAGCUUCAUCUGACCCCUUUGCAAGCUUCAGCACAAGCCACGAGUUUCUCCGGGAGGAGGUUGUGGUUCUCCUCACUGCUCAGUUCAUCACUCUCUUCAAUCAGACUGCACUCGAGACCAUGGUGACCCCUCUGACACAGAAGUACUUUGGCUUUGGCGAGCUGGGGAACAGUGUUAUGUACAGCCUGUGUGGUGUCGAGGUAAUUGCCGGAUUCUUCCUGGUGCGCUGGCUGAGCCGUGUGCUGGAGGACCGGGUGGUGCUGGCGGUGGGGCUAGUCAUCUGCAGUGGCGCUUGUGUCUGGUGCCUCAUCUUCCUGGCAAAUCCACAGGGUGGUUUUGCAUUCGAGUUGAUGGAGUUUAUCAUUGGAGUGUUCCUGCAGUUACUGGGACUUCCGUUUGUAGCUGUGUCUCAGGUGUCUCUCUUUUCUAAGGUUACAGCUGAGAAGACACAAGGCUUAAGUCAGGGUGUGCGGCGUUCAGUCGGGGGACUCGCCACUAUCCUCGGGCCUCUGUGGGCGGGUGGAUUAAUAGGAAAUCUAUAUGUAAUGUUGGGUAUGAUGAUGCUUCUACUGACCCUCAUCAUGAUCAUGAUGGUGUUGUCCUAUGAGAACCUGGUGGAGCCGCCCAGAGUGGUGAGUGCAGAGGAUUCAGAAAACGGAGGAUAGACACCACCCUCCACGUCACAGGAUACAGAGCAAAAGCCCUUUUCGCUCUGCGGUCUGUCUGCCUGUUUGGCUGUAUGGAGCAGAUGCUGUGACAGUGGGAGAUAAGAGGCCCUGCCAGGACCAGCAGACCGCGACCAGCGAGAAGAGCAUGCACAGGCGCGCACACACACUUACUUUACAUUUACUCCAACAUCUCCUCAAUUCUGACAUCAUGUUUUGUUUGACUUUAAAAAGUUCUACUUCUUGUUUUAAAAUUAUUGUAUAAAGUUAAGAUUUGUACUUUUCCUUAAAUAUUUAACGUGU